AUAAGUGGUAUCGUCAAUCUGUUACAGCAUUGGUUGCAGUUACGACAGUCUAUAGUACCCUAUGUCUUUCAAAAUACUUUUCAGUAAAUAUGAUGCUUUCCGUAGUUUUCUAAUUGUCGUUCUCUUUUCUUCACUAUUUUCGCGGAACGUAAAAUACAGCCGAGGAGAAAACCUUAAAAGAAACUUAUGUUUUUGGAAAUGUCAUUGGCACGAUUGUUUAUCCACCAUUUUGUUUUGCUGUCGUCCUCAAGAGUUUUUCCUGGUACCGUGGCCUAUUUUGCAAUAAACUAGAUCGACUCGGAUUUCGAAAAAUCGUGGGAUCAGAGAGCGCUCGGCGUUUUGAAAGAGAUUUGUCUUUCGACGGAUUUUCGAGUCAGUUUUUUCUUUCUCUUUUUUUUUUCGACGAAUAUUCUCAUUAUGAGGGUUCAUGAAAUUUCACCUCGAGUUCCGACCCAACUUUCCUGACUUCUUUAAUCAAAUGGCGAUUGCUAAAUAAAACGAGUUAGUUCUCGCUUUAUUUACCACGAUGUCAGGCCAGAGUGGAGGAUAUCGCCUAAGGUUGUCCAAACUCAACGAUCAGCUGACGUGCAAAUUAUGCGGUGGAUAUUUCAUUGACGCCACUACUAUCAUAGAGUGUUUGCAUUCGUUUUGCAGGAGCUGUAUCGUCAAAUAUCUGGAAAACAAUAAGUAUUGUCCAAUAUGUGAGGUACAAGUGCACAAAAGUAAGCCACUACUCAACAUUCGUCCAGACCACACUUUACAGGAUAUUGUGUACAAAUUGGUGCCUGGAUGUUAUCAAAAUGAAAUGCGGUGUAGGAGAGAAUUUUAUUUAAAACAUCCUGAAGCAUGUACUCAGGCAACAUCUCCAGAGGCAAGGGGAGAACCAAUUGAAUCACAUAUAUAUUCUCCAGAUGAGUCUCUUAGUUUAUCAUUAGAAUACUUUAGUCCAUCCAAGGAUGUCAAAGCAAUAGCUGUAAAACCUUUGUUGAGGCGGUACCUUCGUUGUCCGGCUGCAGUAACCAUUUUCCAUUUACAAAAGCUCAUACGAGCUAAGUAUGGCUUAACUGAUGCACAUAGGGUGGAUGUAAUGUAUAAAGAGGAACCACUGUGUAGUAGUUAUACAUUAAUGGAUGUUAUGUAUAUUUAUCAUUGGAGACGAAAAGUGCCAUUGCAUUUAAGUUACAGAAUAUUUGAAUCCUCUCCGAAACGAAUAAAACUUUCAGAAGAUAACGUCAAUUAUAAAACAUUUUUACUUCAUGCUGGCAUAGAUGCUAUAGAAUCAAAAGAAGAAAAAUCGAUGACUAGAGAAUGGAAAGAGGUACAACUAAAAAUUUCUGAAACUGGCAUUAUGAGCAUUACAGAUAUAACGGACCAACAAUUUAAGAAAAAUACGAAAAUCGAAGAAUCUAUUACUAGUGUUGAAACAAUAAAUACGUCAAUAAUUGAAGAAAAUGGUAACAAAAAUGACAUAUCUGAAGUCAGUGAAAAAAAUAAACAAUCUUCAGAUAAACAAGACAUAAGCGAAUUUGAUACUUCUUCCAAAUUAAACGAAGUGGAUGACCAAAAUAAUACAAAUCAAACAGAAACUAUAAAGACAUCGACAAAAGAAAUAGAAAGUACGAUAAAUUCUAAACACGAAGAGGAAUCGAAAAAUCGAUUGGAUAAUAAUAAUAUUGAAGAUAAAAUUUUACAGAAAAGUGUUCAAUCACAAGAAAUAACACAAUAUGCGAAUGAAUAUGAAAUUAGAAAUAAUAACAUUGAAAAUAAAGAUCAAAAGGAGUCAUUAAAAAAUAAUAAUAUUAUUACGGAAAAAUUGGAGAACUCUAAACAAAAUUCAAGAAAUGAGACAAAACUUGUAAAUACAGGGUCAAAAAUUAAUGCUUUAAGUGUAAAAUUGCAAUUUCAACCGAAAGCUGGUCAAAUUAGCAAUAGUAAUACUUCCUCAAAAAAGAUUACUAAAGAUAGGAAAAUUACACCACAAUCUAAAAAAGUAGACGUAAAAAUUACCGAAAGUUUAAAAUCUACGGAAUUAAAAAAUUCUCUUGACUCUUCAAAAACACAAGUAAUAACAAAUAAUUGCGGGACUACGUUAAAUAAAUCAUUAGUCCCAUAUUCUACAAAAGUCAUAUCACAGAAGCCGGAAUUACAAGAUACCAUAGAACCUAUUUUAUCAACGUACCCAAGUACUUCGGUUAAUUCUGAGAUAAAAGAAACGGAGAUUAAAGUAAAAAGUGUGCAAUCAAUUGAUCAGAAAGAAUAUUCUGUUCAAGGCGAAAGUACUUCAGAGAAAAAAUCAUAUGUGUUAGAACAGAUUCCAGCAGAACCUUGUCAAAGAAUAAAUGAACAAACACACACAUUUUCUCAAAAGUCAAAUAAUCAAAUCGAAUCGAAUGAUAAUCUGGCGUCAUUAAAUCUUUCGACAUCACCGUCUAUAUCUGCUGAGAAUGGAAAUAAUUCAAUUUCUACAUCAACAAUAAGUCAGUCUACGUCUACAUUUCCCUAUACAGUUCAAGAUCUAGUAAAUAGUACAAUGUUAAAAAAUUCUCUUAAAAAUUUGAGUUCAUCAGCAACACAAAAAUUAUCUAUUACUGCAGUUUCUGAAAAUGAAAUACCUACUCCUUCAGUAUCAGAAAGUUCUACAGCGUUUACUACAUCUUCAGUAAAUGUCUCUUCUUCUUUAAAAAAUAGUUAUACAAGUCCGAGUAUUUCGAAAGAGCCCAUUUUGAAAGCAAAUUUGGAACUAACUAAUACAUAUUCAGUGCCUCCUUGUCCUGAUGCAAUUCCAAUUUCUUUAAUGAAACCUACAAUUCGAAAAAAUGAAUUGAUCACCAAAGGUUCUAAUUUGAAUGAAAUUUGUGCAAAAAUUGGAGCUUCUGGUUCAAAAAUUAAUGAUAUUUGCGCAAAAAUUGGAGAAAAUUCUAAAGAAAAAAAUAAGACAGAAACAAAAAAUAAAUCUGAUAUUCCAGAUUUAUUAAAAAUUGGAAGAAAAAAUAAUUCGUCAUCAAUCACUGCUGAUUCCAGCAACAAACAGCAGCAACAUACAAAUAUUCCAAAUGUACCGGUUUAUUCACUUAAUAGUAAUGCAGUCACAACAGAAAGUAAAAAUAUUUAUUCAAAUGUAAAAGAUAGUCUUAGGGCUACUUCAUUAGUAAGUACUUCUCCAGUGGCUACAUCUCACUCUUUACAGAAAGUACUUUCUGUUUCUAAAAAACAAAGUCAAGCAGUGGGUUAUAAAACCCUUCGUGACCCUCCAAGAUGCUGGAAUCCUACACUUUCUAAAAACAAUUAUGUGGCGGUUAAAAAUCAAAGUAAAGAGACACAAAAUCAGUUGCAUCAAACAGCACUUUUUGAAAGAAGCAAAACAAUUCAAUCUAAACCAGCUAAGAUCUUUAAAAUGAGAAACAUGCCAAGAUAUUUGGGUAAUCCUGCUUCUGGAGUGAAACCAAUGUAUGGCAUCGGUAAUGAAUGCAAAGAAAAGGAACAGUCAACAAUGACAUCAACAACAACUACAAAUACGUCUAGCAGUUCUAAAAAUGGGAGUUUGAAUAUGAUGAAGAUAGAUCCUAAAACUCUAUCUCCAAUUGUCUCAACAGUUAAUUCGCCUAUUGUUUCACCACCUCCGUAUUCUCCUAGUGCAAGGAAUUACCCAAAUCCUCCAUUCUCAAGAGAUAUUUGUAGAAGUACUGGUUCACCAAUAUCUCCGAAAAAUUCUCCAGUAAAUAUGCUUUCGACGAGUCCUUUUAUACCUUCUCCAACACCAAAUAUGAAUCCUGGGCUAAUUUAUCCUCACUUUCCACGACCAUUUCCAGAUGCCACUAGAUUUCCAAAUCCUUUGAUACGCUCGCCAAUAGGAAUUCCAUCCCCCAGUGCCUUCCAUAGUAAUUUACCUCCUUCUAUUAAUAAAUUAUAUCAGCGCUCUAGUUAUAUUCCACAAACUACUGGUUUCUCUCCAGUUUCACAACCCCCGACAGUCCAGAGAAUACCACCAAGCACCUAUUCUUCACCUAAGUCACCAAAAACUACCUCUCUAACAGCAAUUUCUCCCGCAUCUUAUAACUUGGUCAAAUCUGAAACGCAAGCAAUUACAACAUCUCUUGAGACUAAUAACCUGCUUCUUCCAGAAAAUACACCACAGGAAGAUGUCAGUGCAUUUAAUUUGUCUAAGACUGGAAAAUUUUGCAAUACGGAGAUUGUUAACAUACCGAUGGAAACAAUCCGAAAUUCUAAAUCGUCUUCUCUUUCUCCUAGUACAAGUAUCGGACAGAAUAAAAAUACAUUGAUUGUUAAUUCAAAAACCAAGUUAGAGGCAUGUUCGUUAAGUGCAGACGAUCAGAAUCAAAAUAAAGAACGGUUAGAAAAAGAAGUGAAAAAAUGUACAGAACAAAAUUUAUAUCUUUCGAAAGGGCAGAAUUCGGAAAAAAGUCGAUUCAAUGAGGAUAGUAACAGUAUAAGUACAAAGAGAGAAAAAUCAACUUCGCAAAUUAAUGGCGAUCUCCCCAACGAAAAGAAAGGUGAAACAGAAAAGAUCACAGAACAACAAAACGAGCAGAAUGAAACAAAAAUGGUUCAAGUCUCAGAAAAACAAAUUAUUGAAAAACAAGAAAUAGAAGAACCUAAAAAUGAGAAAUGUGACAAAUCUGAGGAACAACAAAACAAUUCUGAGAUUCAAGUUAACAAAAUGAAGACAUAAGAUCCGCACUGAAUGGCUCAUUCUAUGUUUAGGCAUAUUCAGAUAUAAAUGUUCAGAUAUUAUCACAUUUUAUUUUAGACAAAAACAUUUUAUCAUAAUUCUACAUAUUUCAAGCUGCUAAAUUUUUCAAAACAAAAUCACGUUAUUAUCUUAAUUAUUACGAUUUUUAAGCCGCAAAACAUUAAACGUAUUAAAACAAUACUAAACUUUUAAAGUAUCGCUAUUGUCUAAUUUUUAUUUUGCGAUUAAAAGUUGUAAUAAUUAAAAAUACAUAACACAUCUCUCUCUCUCUCUUGUGGUUUAAACAACAACAACAAAAGAAAUAAUAUAAGAAAUAAUUAAAUAUAUUUAACAUCAGAUUUGAUAUAAGGACUGUAUAAAGAUUAAUAUAGAAAAAGAUACCGCGUAUAAUUAUAUAUCAUAUUUAUAUAACAAGUUUUUAUAAAAUAAUUUCACACAGUCUGUUAGUUUACGUUAUUUAUCAUAUUUCUGGACAAAUUCUAUUACGUGUUUUUUUUUUACUCAAUUAAAUAUCUAGCCAAAGCCUCGAGAAUUAAUAUAAUGUUCCAAAUAGAUUUAGCCAUGAGACACCUUUUUGAUUGGCUCUUUUUUCGCAUACUCUCUUUUAAAAAAAAAAAAAAAAAAGAAACAACUAUAGUAAAAUAUCCGAGGCCUUAUCACAGUAAUCUUAUAUAUAUGAAGUAAUGUUAGGAAAUUGAGAGCAAGAGAUGAUCGUUGUUAAAUGAUUUAAGAAAAUGAGAAAAAGUAUUACGCUAUAUAAGUGAUUUCUCUCUUUCCAGCUUAAUUAGUUGAUAUUAUCGAUGUGUCGCAUCGCACCGAAUUAUUAAAAUAGCACGCAUGGAUAAGAAGUCCACUAUUAAUUUUAAUAAGCGCCGGAAAGAAAGAAAGAGUUAAUGUAUAGAUAAAUUUUUAAUAUUGAACGAUUUUUUUCCUUUUAGAUACAUUUUACUUGUAAAUAGUGUAUAAUGAUUCAAAGAAAUCUAUAUCACAUAUUAGAUAUAAAAAAAAAAUAUCGAUUAUUAAUAUAAUUUAACACGCAUAUUUUUAGAUGUUAAGAAUGUAACGAUAGUAUUUUUUGUCUAAUACAAAAAAGCAAUUUUUAGACAGAGAUGCCUGAUUGUAGAGCAAAAAACAACGUAUUUUUAAUAAGUUAUUAGUUGUGUGCGCGCGCGAUUUUUUUGUAUACAAGGUGUACCUGAAUGAGUGAGCGAAUGAAAAAUGUAUAUGUAUAAUUUUUAUGUAAAAAAGAAAAAAAAUUUCAAUGUAGUUUAAAUCAAAACUGAUUUAGACGAAGUUUUCUCGAGAUUUGUUUUAUUUAUAGAAACGUUGAUCGUCAUUUGUUUUGAAAUUUAUGUACAUGUUUGCGUAUGUUUGUGUGCGUGCGCGCAUACUUUUUGACGCGCGCGCGUUAUCAGUAUAGUAAUAAUACUACGUGAAGUAGAUGAUGUUCUUUUAAUUAUAAAAAUAUAGUUGAUUAUACUUUA